GCGUGGCCAAGCAACAAGGGGCGGGAUUUGUGGGCGUGACCAAGAGACAAGGGCGGGGUCUGGUCGUAGCUGAGACAGGGGCGGGAUUUGUGGGCGUGCAUAGCUGUGGCCACAGGGACUGUGGGCGGGGCGGCGGCGCGGGGAGGAGAGGGGUUUUGGGGCGUGGCAGGACGCGCGGGGGGGCUGUGGGCGGGGCCAUCACCGCGCGCCUGUUGCCCCGGGCGACGGCGAGAAGAUGGCGACGACACCCGUGGCGGACUCGGAUCCGGGGGCGCUGAGCGCGGAGCAGCAACAGGAGCUGAGGAACUUCAAGAUCAGCACGCGGAUCGCCAACGAGCGGUACCUCCGGACUCACCGGGACGUGGCGCUGCUCAUCGGCGGCUUCCUCAGGGCCAUACUGCUGAAGAGGCCGGAAAACAUCCAGGAGUUUGCCGCAGAGUACUUCACUGACCCGGAGCUACCUGGGCGGCUGCGGGCCCAGCUGGUCCAGAGAGAGGGGCGGCCCCAGUAGGGGACGCGGCAGCAUCCCGGCCUGGAAGACCGACGCCCCGGAUGGGGACAGAGCACCGUUUACUGGGGGGUGGGCUCGGUGGGCGCAGGAGGGGAAGGGGAGGGGGAGGCCGGGCCCUGGAGCAGGGCCUGCUGCCGGGCCAGCCACUGCUUGCGCCUCUUGGUCUUGGGCCGCUCAAAGUUCACCACGGACAUGGGCACCCGGAUGGUGUCGAGGCCGUUCACCUGCGGGCCGGAGGGCACCGAGACACGUGGGAGGGGGUCCCUGGCUGUCCCCCUCCCCCGCCCCGGUCCCCCCUCGCCCCGCCGCCACCCGGGAUACUGACCGUCACCUCGCACCAGUACUCGCCCCAGCGCGUGAUCUUCUCCUCUGGAAGUCGAAGCGUGUGCGGCGCCAACACCACGCCGAGCUGGGAGGGGGCGGAGUCGGUGGUCGGGGGGACCCCCACCUCUCCCGACCGCACCCCUCCCCCCUCCCCGCGACCCCUCCUCACCCUCCAGAGCUCACGUUCUUGAAGAAGUGGCGGCAGACGAUCUCGGGGUUCAGCUCCCACACCACGUUGUUCUUCAUGCCCACUUCGAGGCGGGCAGUCUUCAGAAAUUUCACCGUCUGUAGGGGCACGGGGGGUCUUGAGACUCCCUCUCCCCACCCCGCUCAAGAAAACCAUUCUAAACCUC